AUGCUGGAGAGUCGACUCGUCUCCAUCCUACGGGGGGCCGCGGCACUCCCUCGACAAGUGAGGGGCUACUCAAGGAUUUCCAAUGGAGGAAAAUCUCUCCGUCCUACUUUUGAAUCAGCGGCAGCUACUGAGGCCUCUGCAGCUCCUCUGGCGAGAUGGGGCUCCUUUUACGGGUUCAGGUCCCUCUCAAAGGUCUGUUAGUUUUCAAUCCUGUAGCCUUUUCGUAGCGUUUUACCUUCUUCUUUAUGCUUCUUUGUUUUGUAUGCUACAUGGCCGUGGAUCGUUUCGAACUUGCGCUGGUUUCUGAAAACCUUAUGGCAUGACGGCGAAUCGUAUAGGUCCUUGUCUAUGCUCCUAUUUUUUUCGUGGCGAUGAUCAUGAGUUUGAUGUACAAGAGGUUCGAAAACGUGGUUUUAUUUUAAAUGUUACAAUGUCUACAUGUUACUCUUGUGCUUUUAGAAAUUUUCUACCAGCCUCCAUUUUUCUCUGAAAAGGAAAAAAUCGUUGUACCCAGGGGUUUUUUGGUCAACCAUCUAGGAGCAUGUCCUCUUCUGCAUCCCUAGCGACAUUUGGGAAGGCUGAAGUGGCAAAUAAAGGUUUGAAACUGCUAAUCACUGAAGGUGCUGCUGCUCAAAAGAAGGUUGGGAUAUGGCUUUUCGGCUGCGCAGCCUGGGUAUUCAGCAUGGUUGUGCUUGGUGGUAUAACACGUCUCACUCGAUCAGGUUUGUCAAUGACGGACUGGAAAUUUACUGGUAGUUUACCUCCAUUAUCAGAAGAACAGUGGCAGCUUGAAUUUCAAAAGUAUCAGCAAUCUCCAGAGUACAAACGGUAAACUAAGUAACGUUUUUCUCUUACUGAACUGUAUUUUAAUUUUUUUUCUGGAGUUAUCCUUUGAUUAUAUUUUUUCUUUGCUGAACGAGCUUUUGUCUAUGGCGUCUUUAUUUUAUCUUAAUUGCGAUUUUUUAAUGGAAAUGUGAAGUAAACCUAUGUACUGAGUUAUUCAACUUUUAGUUGUAUUAGCAGAGGAAAAUCUUUUCCACCUCUGUUGAUGAUCUUGUUCACUUCUUUUUUUUGUCUCUGAUUUGGUUCAUUUUUAUUUUUUUCAUGAAGCUCCUCUCGGUUUCUGCAUUUCUUAUUACUCUUUACUGUCAUUUUUUCUGAUGUCCUUCCUAUGAUUGUAUUAUUUUUUCAGUUUUUUCUGUGCCAAAUGGCUACGCAUGAUAUUUAUUAUUGAGUCAUGCUACAAUGUUUUUGUGCGUCCAAACUACACUGAAAGUUUUCCGCACAGUACACAGUUUAUUGUGUGCUUUUUCUAAAAAAACAGAGCACCAUACAUUUAAGAUAAUAUUUAUGGUCUGGUCCACCUGGGCUGGUACCAUCGGUCCUCCUCCAUCGUUCUAGGAAUCUGUAGCCACUUUAAUGUGUCGGUUAGACUUAUUAAUAAGCAUUAUGUGGAUUGCUUCUUUGAAUUUUACUUCAUGUUCUGUUAGAUGAUCUCACUGAACUAUUGCAUGAUGUUUCAUAAAUUAUUCCCCGCACAUCACAUAUAGGUUCCGGACAAUUCUUUCUAAUCUCCUUGCUAGUAAUUUUGAUUUUAUUUUGGUUUUACUUACCGCGAACUGUCUUUUAUAUGCUAUCAUUGCUUAAAAUUUUGAAGAACAAAUUAUGAAGUGAAUAUGAUUUCCUUUGAAGAUUUGAAUGCUUUUACGUUUUCUACAAAUAAGUUUUAGCAAAAAAAAAUUCAUUUUACAAAUGUGAUGGUUUGAUAUCUUUACCUGUAUAAUUGUGGCUCAAUUUAUUUUUUUAGGUGUCAUAUUCUUUUCUGAAAUUUUAUUAUUUAUUUUUUUAUUGCAAGUACUUGUGCAGGACGAUACUUAUGAUGUGUUUUCAUUUAUUGUAGAAUAAACAAAGGAAUGAGUAUGGAAGACUUUAAAUUCAUAUACUGGAUGGAGUAUGCACACCGUAUGUGGGGGAGGGGGCUGGGUAUUGUGUUUGCUCUUCCUUUUGCAUAUUUUUUUGCAAAAGGUUUCAUUACUCGCCACCUUGGUCUGAGACUCUCUGCUCUUUUUGCACUUGGUGCUGGGCAGGGAUUUGUAGGUUGGUGGAUGGUAAAGAGUGGCUUGGAGGUAGUUUACAUUUAAUUUUCCUUGUCCACAAUUUCAUUGCACAUCAACUGUUUAUAACACUCAUAGACGAAUUUCCCUUCUGAUUCUUUUCCUUGAAUUUAGGAGCCACCUUCUGAAUAUGUUCAGCCAAGAGUAAGCCCUUAUCGCCUUGCUGCUCAUCUCACAUCGGCGUUUGUCAUAUACUGUGGCCUGCUUUGGACUGCUCUAUCCGUUGUCAUGCCAGAACCUCCAGCUGGCACCAUAAAUUGGGUCCAUGGGGCAGCAAAAGUUCAGAAGCUAGUGCUCCCUAUUUGUGCUAUCGUUGGCAUUACAGCUGUCUCUGGAGCUUUUGUUGCAGGAAAUGAUGCGGUAUGAAAUGGUUUGACUUUACUUUUUCCUUCAUCUCCUGUGUUAUUAACGUCGUCUGAUGGCAUAUGUUAUGUUACACUGUUAGGGACACGCGUACAAUACUUUUCCCAAAAUGGGUGACACUUGGAUCCCAGAUGAUGUGCUCAGCAUGGAGCCCCUUUUUCGCAAUUUUUUCGAGAACACAUCAACCGUGCAGGUUAGUUUUCAGCAUUCUGGUUGCUUGAUGACAAGACCUUCAAAAUGUUUCUUUUCUUUAUACGUAGUUCUGUUUUGGCCUUUGACUUUGAGCUACUCAAGUGCAUUGAGGCCACUAUGCAUGACAUAGCUUUUAAAAAAUCAAAUCUAUCAUUACCAUAAAAAAAAAUUCAAAUUCUGUUGGCUCUCUUUCAGCCGUACUCAUAGAAUUGUUACACGUUAUAUUCUGAUUUGUUCACAAUGUUAAGGUAUAUUUUAUUUAAAGCCAUCCCUUCUUAGUACAGCAUCACUGUUUUAAUGGCGCAUGGUGCCAAUAGCUGUCAUUAAAAAUCUAAGGAACAUCAAGGAAGCACUGGCACGCCUCUUUUUACUCCUGGGAAGUUAGAAAUAUAAGCGGGAAAUGAUUUAAAUUUUUUUGUUGUGAUGCCUUCCUAUACACCCACACGGAGGAUAUACUUUAUUGUUUUCCGCGACCAUUCAUAAUUCUUCAUGGGGUUGAUGACAAGUUUCAUCACAAGAAGGAUCAUUCAUAAUUCUUCAUGAGGUUGAUGACAAGUUUCAUCACAAGAAGGAAAAAAAGGAGUAAUUGACCUUGUGAUGGACAAGGGGAUAUAUGAUCCUAGUGUCGACCAUCCAUAGCAUAGGAAAGUCGAGGCACAAUACAAAAGGAUUUCUUUGCUGAUUAUGUUCUUUCAACUCAAGUGUGUGAUGGUAUGAGGUACUGAUUUGUAGUAAGCUUCGAGAUUCUAAUCAUCUUUUCCUACCCAUCCAUUAAUAUGCAGCUUAAUCAUCGCAUCCUUGCAACCACAAGUCUGAUAUCCAUUGGUGGUUUGUGGCUGGCUACCAGAAAAAUAGACAUGCAUCCAGCGAUAAAUUCUUUAAUUAGGAGUACACUGGGAAUGGCAGCGCUGCAGGUACUUCACCUUCUGUUGUUUAUAAAAUUGGAGGAUAUUAAAUCACUUCCAACUUUUUGAAACAUUAGCAAUGAAUGAAGGUAAAUCAUGUAGAAGCUAACAGACAGCGUUGAUGGUCAACUGUUGCAGGUUACCUUGGGGAUUACGACGCUCCUGACAUACGUUCCAGCUUCCCUAGGCUCAGCCCAUCAAGCUGGUGCCUUGACUUUGUUCUCUCUCAUCAUCCUGCUAGCUCAUGUUGUGAGGAAGCCUUCUCCAACCCUCCUCAAAUCGCUGGCCUCGCUGCCAAAAUCCAGUUCCUGA